UGUAGAGUUGCUCGAGUAGUAGCCUUAUCAGUGACGCAUUCGACUAAUUUGUUCUGUUUAGUAAACCUUAAAUUUUUUUAUUACUAUUAAUAACACAAUCAGUCAGGAUGUCUCGGGACAGGUUCAGAAACCGCGGAGGCUUCCAGCGCAGGGGAGGCGGAAUGCGGGGCGGAAUGGGGGGUAACCCCAACUUCAGAAACCACAGCCAGCACCCCUUCCAGAACCGGACCCCGCAACAACAGCAGCAGCAGCAGCAGCAGCAGGCGCCGCCGCCGCCGACUCCGCCGAGCCAGGCCCCCCCUCAGACCCCGGGCCUGCCGCCGAACCAGAACACCCCCGCGAAGCCUCCGCCCCAGGCGAACCCGCCCGCCGUCCCGGCCGCACAGCAGCCCCCCGGCCCGCCCAACAAGAGCACGCCGCAGGCCCCCGCCGGGCAGCCCAGGAUACAGUCUCCCCCGCCGAAGCCGGCUGCGCCGGGGGUCCAGAACCAGACGCCGAACAAGACCCAGCCGAAGCCGGGCCAGGCCAGCGAGCUGAAGCCGGCCCUGCCGCCCAGCAAGCCGGUCCCGCCGCCCAGCAAGAAGACGGAGCCGCCGGCCGUACCCGAGCAGCAGCAGGUCUGUAAGGGCGUCACACAGGAGCUGAGGGCCACCCUGUCUCUGCUGCGCAGGCCCGGGGAGAAAACCUACACCCAGCGCUGCCGGCUCUUCAUCGGCAACCUGCCCAGCGACAUCUCCGACGAGGAGUUCAAGAAGCUGUUUGCCAAGUAUGGCGAGCCCAGCGAGAUCUUCAUCAACAAGAGCAAGGGCUUCGGCUUCAUCCGCCUGGAGUCGAGGGCGCUGGCGGAGAUCGCCAAGGCCGAGCUGGAUGACGUGCCGAUGAAGGGGCGCCAGCUGCGCGUGCGCUUCGCCACGCACUCGGCCGCGCUCUCCGUGCGCAACCUGUCGCCUUUCGUGUCCAACGAGCUGCUGGAGGAGGCCUUCUCGCAGUUCGGCCAGGUGGAGCGGGCCGUGGUGAUCGUGGACGACCGCGGCCGCUCCACCGGGAAGGGCAUCGUGGAGUUCGCCUCCAAGCCUGCGGCUCGCAAGGCCCUGGAGCGCUGCACCGAGGGCGUCUUCCUGCUCACCACGUCGCCGCGGCCGGUGAUCGUGGAGCCCCUGGAGCAGUUUGACGACGAGGAUGGGCUGCCGGAGAAGCUGGCCCAGAAGAACCCCAUGUAUCAGAAGGAGCGCGAGCAGCCGCCGCGCUUUGCCCACCCCGGCUCCUUCGAGUUCGAGUACUCGCAGCGCUGGAAGUCCCUGGACGACAUGGAGAAGCAGCAGCGGCAGCAGGUGGAGAAGAACAUUCGUGAGGCGCGGGACAAGCUGGAGAGCGAGAUGGAGGACGCCUACCACGAGCACCAGGCCAACCUGCUCCGGCAAGAUCUGCUGCGCCGGCAGGAGGAGCUGAGGCGCAUGGAGGAGAUGCACAGCCAGGAGAUGCAGAAGCGCAAGGAGAUGCAGCUGAGGCAGGAAGAGGAGCGGCGGCGGCGGGAGGAGGAGAUGAUGCGUCAGCGCGAGAUGGAGGAGCAGAUGCGCCGCCAGCGGGAGGAGUCCUACCGGAUGGGAGGCUACAUGGACAAUAGGGAGCGCGAGAUGAGGCUGAGUGGAGGGGGCUCCAUGGGCAUGUCAGACAUGCCCUUCGGCUCACCCAACCAGAAGUUCCCCAUGGGAGGGAUGGGCUUCGAUAACCACCAGGGCAUGGGGGCUCCUGCAGCGGGCGGCAUGGGCGGCGCCAUGAUGCCUGCGGACAUGCGCAACGAGCGUUUCCCCCAGGGGGGGCCGGGGGGGCCCAGGGGCAUGGGCCCUGCAGGGAUGGGUCCUGGGAACCCCGGCUUUGGCCGAGGGCGUGAGGAGUUCGAUGGGCCUGCCAAGAAGCCCAGAUUCUAAACACUCGAUGUGCAGUGGGGAAAUUGCCAUGACCCAGUGCUUUGUGUAGGGCCUGUUCGGAGACCUCUCACCCCAUACGUCAGUGUUUAAACUUUUGCAUUUUAUUCAGACUUUUUAUGGCAGUUUCUUUUUAUUGAGUUUUAUUUUGUAUUUGAAGUAGUGUGUAAAUGGCUCCCAGUCUCCUUCACCCUUAUCAUUCCCUCUUCAGCUUAAUAGUUUUCUGUGAUGGACUCAUGGUGAAUUUGUAAGUAAACUUUAUGGCUGUGUAUUUUUGUGCCAUUUCACAUUUGAAUUAUGUAUCUCUCCUUUUUAAAGAAAUUACAAUAAAAAUGUAAUUCCGUCUUUACAUUAACUUUGUUCCAAGUGUUUCAGUGCAGAAGUGGGAUUAUGCAGUGUUGGUACUGCUGCCCUUCAGGAUGCAGCAACUUCAGUUCAAACCUGAUAAAACACGAACUUUGACGUAGGUUUUAGAAUUGCGGAAUCACCCCCCUUGGGCGUUGACCUCUAUUCCUUGAUGAGAAACAGGGAGACUUGUCUAAAACUGAAGACUUCUCAGAAUAAAAGUCUAGCUUGUUUGAUAGCUGGAGACGAUGUAAGCCUGCAAAAGUUUAACUUCAUGUUUUUUACGUACCAGGUGUUCAGCACUGUGAGCGUUUCAUGUUCCUUGCUGAGCUGUGAGGAAGAUGUGUGUAAAAAACGCGUGCAUUAGUAAAUUACAUCAGUCAAAGGCUUUUAACAUUGGCAAGCUGUAAAGCUUAAUUGCUGCACUGUAAGCAACUGGCUGUACAAUACUGAGCUAUUUCAUCUGCUUCAGUGCUCCCCUUCAUGCCAGUGGCUUAUCUGAAUGCAUGAUACCUGUAAGCCGUUUAAGGGCGUGGCUGCCAUGGUGUCCGUGUCGGUACCGUGACCGGAAGCCACUUGGAGCUGUGCUUGUUGAGGGUGAAAGAUCAGCUCUGGUGGGUGUCUCCAGUGUGUUCUGCAAACUGCAGACCUGGCAGCGCUGAGUCUGUAAGCAAUUCACUUCAGCCUUCUGGCAGUUAUUUACCUUAAACUUACAACGACCAGGUUAAUAGCAACAAAUGUUUAAAAAAAAAAUUACCAGCACUUUGAUUUGCCAGAUUUUUUUAAAUCUGUGAUGGUGGCCUUUAAUUUGGCGUCACUGAAAUAACGCCUGAAGUGCAGUAUAUGUGCUUGUCUGCCUGUCACUGUCGGCUCGAUUAAUUCAACAGGAUCCUCGGAGCUUGUGUACUUGCAGCUGGAGUAGCAGUCUGCUGUGCACUUUGUGGAUUACAUGAUUACUGAUAAUAUCCCUGCAGUAUACCAUUACACAACAAACUAUCAGCUCUAUGACCUUGAACAUGGCUGAUUUUAAAACCUUGACUCUUGUCUUUUUGGUAAUGGAUUGUGAAGGAAAAGUGCACGUUUUCAGAUUUUAAGUGUUUAAAACCACUGGGAAAUUCUCUGCCAGGAGCUCUGUACAGCUUGGGUGCAGUUUAACAAGCAGGAAUCUGUCUGUCCGAUCUUGGAGUAAGUGGUUUUUAUGUCUGUUCUUGGUAAAAAUUUGCUAACGAUUCAGCCUCUGAUGUAAGCUUCUUAAGAAAAGAAGUAUUAGUCUGUAACCCUGGGAGUAAACAAAGGGUUUGUAUACAUAGUUCUGCAAAAGCUCCUGACAUUUGUAAGCCAGCAGCUCAGGAGUGACCCACUGUCUGGCUACCAGGAGCAGAGGUACCAGACCUGUAACCUCAAGGGAAAGGGUUGUAAGUUUUAGAGGCUCUCCGUAUCCAGCACCUCGUAUCCCCUGUUCUCCCCGUUCUGUUGCAUCACUGUAACUUUUUUUUCUCGACAGGUUACUCUCUCGUGUCUGUCUUGGCAGCUGCUGGUAGACUAAGGAUCCCAAAACUGCUUGAUUCACCAUGUGAACGAGCAUGAGGACUUCAGGCUGAGUGGUCAGCUGUUUAUAGUCCAUCAGUGAAAGGCAAUUUCUGAGGGUGAUCUAGAUUACAGCCCUCAUACAAGCGUGCUGGCAAUGCUAUUCCAGUUAAAGCAGGGGCCUUAAGAUUUUAGCAAGUCCAUUGGGUCUCGAGUGGCCAGAGGCUGCGACCUGAAAAUACUCGACAGGCGUUCCAGUGGCUAUAAGAUAAUCCAGUUUGACGUAUAAGGUGCACUUCCAAUGUCUGGAAAAUGUGCUGUACAAAACACUUGUUUAUGAAACUACAGAUAAGAUCUUUGGGAUGUUUGAUCCCAGAACGUUUCCUGGAGCUGUGAUUUGUAUUCCCAAACCAUAACUGAGUCUUUGCCUAGGAGAGUUCCAGGUGAAAUUGUGAAGAUCUGAGUGAUUGCAAGAUGCAUUGUGUUUAUAAACAUGGAUAAAACGUGGUGCAGUUAAUAUUUUGCCAGAGCAGAAAAUUACUGUGCUAAUUCUGCAGUUAAAAUGGCAGUAACGGCAGUGCAACACUGAAGAUGCAGCACCUGCAUGGCUGCAUUGUGGAGAUGGGUCAGAGGGGUGGGAUGUAUGCCAGGUGCACAGCCUGCAUAGCUUCGACAACACCUAGUACUUCUGGGUUUUAGUCUGAUCCUCUGAAUCUGUCUUCCCCAAACUGAACUGUUCCUGCAGUUGUCUGGGACUCGCCUGGAUUUUCUUUGGGACAGGCUCUGGGCAGACAGGCCCGGGCUAAAGAGCUGACAGCCAGCCGUCGGGAGAAUCGUCUCCAGAUCAGUCAGCAUAGCAGUGUGUGCUCUAGAUGAGCCUCUCACCUGGACCUGUAGAAUCGGGGAUUCAGGUACUGGUGCUGUCAAUCUGGUAGAUUUGCUCCCUUAUCCUCCUGGUUACCCAGACUAGCCUGCUAAUUUCCUGAACUGGGACCUGCUCUUGCCUUUAUCUCCGGAAGGAAGGAAUGCUUACAUGGGUAGAGUAGGAUUUUGCAGGCCAGUAACUUCUGUAUGGCAUGCGCAUUCACUUAAACGUAGGAAAAUACAAUAAAACUAAAGAUUUGUGACAGGAUGGGCUUCUGUAUGAACCGGCCUGGAUGCAGUUUUCCCUCUGUAAAUCAUGUCUUUAUUAAGUGUAGGACUGGGUCUUUAACACUUGAUUGGGCUGGAUACAAGAGCCAUUUAAAACUGUCAAGCUGGUUAUACGCUCCCAUUGCAGUGUACAGCCUAGCUUAUAUAGCGUAACGGCGUAUAUGAAUAAGGAGGUUGAAGAAAAUGCAAGCUUUCUGCAUGUAUUCUUGUGCGUUUUUCAGGCAAUAUUGAAUGUUCCCACACCAAGCUGACAAGAAUAGAGCCUGCAGCUUCCCUUUAUUCAUAUGUGUAGCUUCCUGGUAAAGGGUAGACUUCUGUAAGUCUUGAGCGCAGUGCCCACGGGGCGCUGGAGCAGUGCGCGGGGCCGCCCCUGCUGCGCGCUCCUUGGCACGUGGGGCGCCGGUGCACCGCCGCGCCGCCCCUGGCAGUUCAGGGCGUUGAGGAUCAGUAGUUCUACAGCAGGCAGUGGACAUUAGAACCUGGACUGUAACACGUCAGGAUCAGAGCUGCAGAGAGGUAAGUCGUUUUUCCCGACGCUCAAAUCUAGUCCUCUUUUCCUCCCGUGUCAUUUGUCCUGUAUUCCUGGGUUUCUGGCAUCACACUUCUGAAACCGGAGUCACAGUGCAGAACACCUUAUUCAGUUGCGUGAAACGGGUUGUGUGCUUUUUCAUAAACAGGUUUGAAGAGCAUACAAAAAGAUUUUAAGCAAGCUUGGCCAGUAGUACUUGGAGCAGUAAUUCAUCCUCUUUCUGCGCAGUGCCUGAAGUAUUCAGUUUUUCCCCCCUCUCUGUAGCUGUCUGUCAGGACAGCUACAGACUGUCACUGGCUUGUCGAUGGGGGCUGGGAGGUUGGGCUGUAAUUCAGUUUGAAAUACUGAGCAUCUAAGCUCUGUGUGGCUCAUUAAAUCUGCUCAAGUUACAUUCAUCGAGCAAACGUCAAUCCUAGCAGAGCAAGUCUAGGUGUGCUGUACCGCUGUAAUUUGUCUACAUCACAGGAGCUAGUAUGAGCUUCUCACUUGUGCUGAUAAUGCUAUUUAGUAGUUAAAUUCAGUUUUGUAACUAGUUUCAGUUUUUAAAGUUCACAUUUACUUUGGUUAUACACUUGUCCUAAAUAGUAUUGACAAAGUUGUAUUUCGUGCUGUUUAAGCAUUGCCGGUUUGGUAAAACUUUUGUAUCGGUGAUCUGCAGCUUAAAGAUGCUCAAACCUAUGAGUAAUUGUGUCUUGUAGGCUUUGUGAUGUUUCUCCUGACCCGAAAAACAUUGGGUAUUGAGGAUUUUUCUUUUGUAAAAAACAGUCAAAUGCACAAGUUUCACCAAAAUGCACAGAUCUGGUCAUUCUAGCGGUGUCCACUCUGACUCUAACUCUUCUGUACAGCCUGACCUUUAGUGGUCUUUGUGUCAGAGCAGCAGAGAUGCAGCAGGUUCUCUGGCGGAUACAGAAAGACCCAGUAAGGGGGGGGGGCGAGUGGGUAUGUUGGCAAACCUGGACCAGACUGGGAGUCAGUGCUGGGCGGGUGGGUUCUGCAGGGCCAGUGACAAGCCACCCUACCUUCUGCGGGGCCCACUGGAGUACUUGUGUACUUCGCAGGGCUUACAAAUUCAAAGUGCGCUGAACAGUGCUGUCUGGUAGUAAUGUUGCGUAGUCCUGUGGAGCGGUAAUCUGAGGGAGGCUCGUGUUCUGGUGCUGCAGCUUGCCUGUCCCUCUGGAGCCAUGUUGGUGCACCUGGCUGUCCCGUGCCGUCGUGACGCUUGGCAGCAGGGGUGUGGUGAUUUCACUGCGUCCCUUUUGAGUGGGGGGAGUUCCACUGGUUUCUGCACUGUACUUCCGAGUCCUGUCCAGUGGACACGGGACUUGUUCAAAACGUGUGCCAGCCCAUCAUGUCUCAGGAGUGUGAUGCCAGACGAGUGGGCCAGGGUCUUGGAAGAAAUGCUUCAAAGUGACUUUCAAAAGUUUACUGUCAGAGGUGAGCAAUCACUUGAAUAUGGAAACGAACUUCACAAAACGCUGGGUGUGUUACAUCAACUAGCCAUUAUGCUGUUUUUAGUCAAUCCAAAUUAAAAUUAAGAUCUCUAAUUUUAUUCUUGAGGUAUUGGCAAGCAAGAUUUUAAAUGUGCAACUUUCUCUGCAUGUUUAUAGUCCAAACCUAUAAUUCAGACCAGCCUUUAUUCCCUUCCUUUUGAUUGUUUUUAGAGGUAAUCCUCCCUGAUGGGAGUCCAGGGGGUCCAGCCUGCCUCCCCCUGUGCUCUGGGUGUGCAGUGUCCCUGCUAGGCCACAGCCUGUUGCAGUGUCGCACAGCUGUGGCAGGGAGCGGUCACCACGCCUGCAGACUCCUCCCUGUGCCCUAGUGGGCAUUAUUGUAGCCACUCACCUGCCAGAAGCGCAUCGCAUACAGGGCCGCUGCCCCAGUCCUUAUCCCCUCUGUACAGGGCUGCAGGACUGCCCUCUAGUUUACUGCCCCUCAGCAGUACAGAAGGGUCCAGGAUGUGCUCGUCCAGGGUAUAGUGAUGUUGGCCCCUCACUCCCAGGCACUCUGCUGACUUGUGUGGUUCCCUUCCUUUUGCAGGUGCCGCAGCUGCAUGGAGGGGGCUGAGGGGUCUGGAGCUGCACAGAAAAGGAUGGGUAUGUUGAGACCUGAGGAGAUGCGUGUUUGGGACACGGCAGACAUUCGGACCACAUCUGGAGCAGCUGGUGUUUCCUGCACAGACCUGACUGGGUUCCACAGCCGGCGGAGCCCCACAGACUGCGAAGAGGAUGACUGCUCCGUUACCAUUUCAAAUAAAACUAUGAAAACCA